AGGGCGGGUCUUGGCGUGGCCAUAGUGGGGAAAAAAUGUCGCGGGCGGCAUGGAUGUAUAUUAAGAGAACAUGCCCAUAUGCCUUUGCCAUCCAAGGGUGGGGGGGAGCGUUUUCUUAAUACAUCCAUGAGGGGGAGAGAGAGAGAGAUACUUACAUCCCGGAAGUAUGUUCCGUUGUGCUAGCCUAUCCCCUCUGUUGUGUGUGUGGGGGUUGUCAGAACUCAACUGACUGUUAGAUGAGGAUCCCUGUUCAUCCCUUUACAUUACAUGUUUCUCAUUUGUAUGGCAUGUAGAUAGCAGAUACCACAGAGUGACAAUGCAGAUUCUCACUCCCCAUGUUUACUGGGCUCAGCGGCACGGAGAGAUUUUCCUCCGGGUGGAACUGAGCGAUACAAAGAAUCUUGAUAUCAGCCUGCAAGAAAACAAUACACUUCAGUUCAGAGCACAGGGCCAUGGAGCUAAAGGAGAUAAUGAAUACAAGUUCAGUUUGGAGUUCCUGGAACCUGUUAGACCUGAGAUCAACCAUAAGUCCACCCAGCGUCAGGUGGACAUCAAGAUCAAGAAGCAGGAGGAGCGUUGGUGGGACCGGCUGACACUGCAGGAAAAGAAGCCUCUGUUUUUGGCUCCGGACUUCGAUCGCUGGCUGGACGAGUCUGACGCAGAGAUGGAGCUUCAGGCUAAGCAGGAGGAGAAUAUAAACAAGAUAAGUGUGGAGUCAAGAGUUCGUAAAGACCCAUACCUCGGGCUGAAGAAAGGCUACUUGUUUAUGUACAACCUGGUGCAGUUCUUGGGAUUCUCCUGGAUCUUUGUCAACAUGACGGUUCGACUCUUCAUUCUUGGUCGAGAUUCGUUCUAUGAUACCUUCCACACCACGGCUGAUAUGAUGUAUUUCUGUCAGAUGAUGGCCGUGCUUGAGGUCAUUAAUCCCUUGUUGGGUCUGGUUAAGACUGGAUUUUUCCCUGCUAUGCUACAGGUGACAGGGAGAAACGUCAUUCUGUUUGUUAUCUUCGGCAGUCUGGAAGAGAUGCAGAACAAAUCUGUUGUCUUCUUCGUCUUCUACCUGUGGAGCACCAUCGAGAUCUUCAGGUACCCAUUCUACAUGCUGGCCUGCAUCAGCACAGAGUGGAAGCUGUUAACGUGGCUGAGAUACAGCCUCUGGAUCCCUCUGUACCCACUGGGGACUGUGGCUGAAGCGGUGGCUGUGAUCCAGUCCCUUCCCAUCUUUGAUGAGACACGUCUGUUCAGCCUCCGCCUCCCUGCGCCGCUGGGACACUCUAUAAGCUUCUCCUACACUCUGCAGCUCUACCUGGUCCUCAUGUUCCUGGGACUCUUCUUCAAUUUCCGCCACCUGUACAAGCAGCGGAGGAGACGAUACCGCUCGAGGAAAAGGAAAGUCCACUAACUCACCAGCACUUUUAUUUUCCACACACCCUGAACUGCCGUCCACUUAAAGAUAAAGCAGCUGUUUUCUUUUCCUGUAAUUGCCUUUUUAUCAUCUUCCUACACACACUGACCUGAUAAUGGAGUACUGGUUACCUUACUCCACCGCGUGAACUGUUAAACUUCUCCAGACCAAUCUUGUAAAAAACUGUAACAUCUCAACAACUCACUUUAGAACACUGUACAGGUUGAUCCAGUGCUUCACUUCUACCAUGUUUAUUCUCUUAAUAAUGUCCAUAAUUAAUGAAGAUGUAUCUCUGUGUCUGCACUGUCUAAGGUUCCGUUAUGACAGAAAUAUUUUAUGGAUUUUUUUGUUGAUUUUCUUGGUAGGGUAACAUAUAUGAACAUAGGAGUAAUUUGUUUUAGAGUUGAAAAUAAUGUGGUUUAGGAAAACAAUUUCUGCUUACAAAGUUACUGCAACAGAUCAGCCAUUUUUGCUUUAUUUAUACCUUGUUGGUUCAAAAAUAAUAUUAUUACCCUCAAAACUGCUUUUCAAAACAUGUUUUAAUGGUUCUUUUAACCCAAUAAUUCAAAAUCAGAUCCUUCACAGUCAAUAUUGAUUAACCUUUUAUAUUUUGUUAUAUUUGUUGUGCAUAUUUGCAAUUGAAAGCCAACACAGUUUUGAUACUCUCUCUGUCGGUGUGUUUAAGGACGCUUCAGUCUCUGGGAAUGUAGAAUUUUCUGCAUUAUUUGAAAUUCAAGAGUUGGCAAAUUAAUAUGUUCAUCUCCCUGAUGUCCAUGUUUGCUUGUUUUCGUCUGGGUGUUAUUAUCUGAAAAGCCUGUAAACAAAACGCUUGUUUUGUUUCUCAAAUGUCGGAAUGUAUUUUAGAGAGAGUUUGAAAAUUGUUCCUGCUUGCGACUGCAUGAAGAGGCAACAAUCUCAAGCAAGUUUCACGGCUCUGCAAGUUGAAUGUGAACUUGUAGAUUCUUUAAAAAAAAUGUGUCUGGAGCGAUGUAAAGUUGAUAAACUAAAACACCACUUUUAUGGUUCUUGAAUCGAUUAUUUCAGAUGCCUUUGCAUGAAAAGACUUUGGCUCUUAACUAUAAACUGUCAAAUUUAGAUGCUCGUUGUUUUCAGAGGAGCAUUACGAACACUGAGCCUUGUCACUCACUGUUUUGAAUAAUAAAAAAGCCAUGCAAAUUA